UCAUUUGCAUAUCCGGCGGGAACGCCCCCUCCCGGAGGUAUCCAGGAAGGCGAGGCGGCGGCGCUGCUGCUGCUGCUGCUCGAAGGGCGAGAUUGUGCGGUUUUGGUGCCAAGCAUUUAAAGAGAAAAUGAGAAGGUUUUUGAGGUCUGGGCAUGAUCCCAUAAGAGAGAGGCUCAAGCGUGACCUUUUCCAGUUUAACAAGACGGUUGAACAUGGCUUUCCACAUCAGCCUAGCGCCCUGGGCUACAGCUCUUUCCUUCAUCUUAUGGCUAUUGGAACUCGGUCGGGAGCCAUCAAAUUCUAUGGUGCUCCAGGGGUGGAGUUCAUGGGCUUACAUGAAGAAACCAACACUGUUAUGCAAAUACAUUUCAUUCCUGGCCAGUGCCGUUUAGUGACACUGCUGGAUGACAACAGCUUGCACUUAUGGGCCCUGAAGCAGUCCAACAGCGGUUUAUCUGAGCUUCAGGAGGAAAGGCACUUCACGCUCCGAGGACCUCCUGGAUCCCCUCCAAGUGCCACCCAGGUGACUGCGAUCCUCGCACAUUCCUCGCAGGAGCUUCUGUACCUUGGCACGGAGAGCGGCAAUGUCUUUGUGGUGGAGAUUCCAUCUUUCAGAGUGCUGGAAGACCAGACUAUCUGUCCAGAAGUUGUACUGCAAUGUGUGCCAGAAGAUUAUCGAAACAGACGGUCACUCGAAUUAGUAGAAGCCUUACGGGAACAUCCACGGAACCCCAACCAGAUCUUAAUCGGAUACAGCAGAGGCCUCAUUGUACUCUGGGACUUGAUAAAUAACAAAGCAACAUAUCAUUUCCUUGGCAGUCAGCAACUAGAAAACCUCUUUUGGCAGAGGAACGGUCAUCAGAUCAUCAGCUGUCACAGUGAUGGAAGUUAUACUCAGUGGCCAGUUUCAAGUGAUGAUAGGCGUCCUGAGCCCCUGGAAAGCAAAGUGCCUUAUGGUCCUUUUCCUUGCAAGGCUAUCUCCAAGAUAUACUGGCAAACAACGAACGGGCUUCCGUAUAUUAUAUUCCAAGGAGGGAUGCCACGGGCAAGUUACGGAGACAGGCAUAGUAUUUCAGUUGUUCAUGGUAAUCGGCAGACGGCCUUUGACUUCACAUCACGAGUGAUAGAUUUCUUUGUCAUUGCUAAUGCAGAUCCAUUUGCAGAGUUUGAUGAGCCAUCUGCAAUGGUGGUGUUGGCGGAAGAAGAGCUGGUAGUCAUAGACCUGAUGUCUCCGGGCUGGCCGUCAAUCCAACCUCCUUAUCUUGCAUCCCUCCACUGCUCAGCCAUCACAUGUUCUCAUCACGUCUCCAAUAUUCCUCUCAAGUUAUGGGAAAGAAUAAUCAGUGCAGGGAACAAACAGAACCAGUUCUCUAAUAUGCCAUGGCCAAUUGAUGGAGGUACUAGCAAGGCUCCAGAUCCUCCGCAGCGGGAUCUGCUGCUUACAGGGCAUGAGGAUGGCACUGUCAGGUUCUGGAAUGCCUCUGGUGUUUGUCUGAACCUGCUGUAUAAGCUGAGCACUGUGAAGGUGUUCCUAACAGAUGCAGAUCCCAAUGACAAUAUGAACCAGCUGGGGGAGGAUGAAUGGCCGCCGUUGCGUAAGGUUGGUUCCUUUGACCCAUACAGCGAUGAUCCCAGACUUGGCAUUCAGAAGAUCUUCCUGUGCAAAUACAGUGGCUACUUGGCUGUAGCAGGAACGGCAGGGCAGGUACUUGUAUUGGAGCUAAAUGAUGAGGAAGCAGAUCAGGUGAUUGAUCGGACAGAAGCAGACCUUCUCCAGGACCAGGAAGGCUAUAAAUGGAAAGGUCAUGAGCGACUGAAGACUAGAGAUGGACCUGUUCGAUUUGAGCCUGGCUUCCAGCCCUUUGUCUUGGUCCAGUGUCAACCCCCAGCUGUAGUCACAUCACUGGCCCUUCACUCAGAGUGGAAACUUGUUGCCUUCGGUACAAGCCAUGGCUUUGGACUCUUUGAUCAUCAGCAGAAGCAGCUAGUCUUUGUCAAGUGCACCCUACAUCCCAGUGACCAGUUGGCCUUGGAAGGCCCUCUUUCUAGAGUAAAAUCCUUGAAGAAAUCCCUCCGUCAGUCCUUCCGACGGAUGCGGCGAAGCCGGGUAUCAACCAGAAAGCUGCGAACAGCAGAGGUACAAGAGGGGAUCUCCAGACAUGACCAUGAUGCGCUGCAGGAGAUAGAACUGGCUCCCGUUCAGCGGAAGAUUGAAGCACGGUCAGCUGAGGACUCCUUCACUGGCUUUGUGCGCACCUUAUACUUCGCUGACACCUUCUUGAGAGACAGUUCCCGGCACUCUCCAUCCUUAUGGGCAGGUACAAAUGGGGGUACAGUAUAUGCCUUCUGUCUGCGCGUUCCUCCAGCCGAGAGAAGAAUGGAUGAGCCAGUCAGAGCAGAGCAGGCCAAAGAGAUCCAGCUCAUGCACCGAGCUCCUGUGGUCAGCAUUGUCGUUCUGGAUGGCCAGAGCAUACCACUUCCAGAGCCUCUGGAAGUAGCGCAUGAUCUUUCCAAGAGCCCCAACAUGCAAGGUAGCCAUCAGCUUCUCGUGGUGUCUGAGGAGCAACUUAAGGUUUUCACAUUGCCUAAGGUCAGCUCCAAACUGAAGCUCAAACUGACAGCCCUGGAAGGUUGCCGAGUGCGGAAGGUGUCAGUUGCCAACUUUGCCAGCUGUAAGACUGAAUACAGUGAAAAUGCUCUGGCUGUUCUAACAAACCUGGGAGACAUCCAGAUUAUCUCCCUGCCUUCCCUCAAAAUCCAAGUGCGCUACCCCUGCAUCCGUAAAGAAGAUGUGAGCGGCAUUGCUUCCUGUGUGUUCACAAGAUAUGGGCAAGGCUUCUACCUCAUCUCACCUUCAGAGUUUGAGAGAUUUUCCCUUUCCCCAAAAUGGUUGGUUGAACCACGAUGUCUAAUAAGUGCACCUGAAAGCACAGGCAACAGCCGUGUUCACAGCCCAUCCGCCGUGGAAAAUGCUUCAAGGAAAUCCAACAAAGAUUCAGGAUGGAGUUCUGGUGAUCAACAUGGAGAAGAUAAGCCAACUGGCAGGCUGAUGGAACAUGCUCUGCUCAAUGAUGAAAAUGUUCUGAAGGAAAUCCAAAGCACUCUGGAGAGUGGAAGGGGCAGUUACAGUGACAGAAAUUCACGAAAAAUUCAAGUAGGACACAGACUAAGUAAUGGAGGAGCAGAAUGAUUGUGCUUUGACCGUGUCAUUUUGAUACGUGGCAUUUGGAAAGAGUGCCAUAACACUACUGACUGUGGGUCCAGCAUCCAUGAGGGAGAGGCCUCCACUGACCAUGACCUUGAAUCCCAUGGCAGGGCUGAGUCUCGCUUGGCCACGCUGAGCUCUGGGUUUUCCCUGUCUUCACAGUGCCUCGUCUGAAGCCUUCCUGGCUCUCUUGAGUCUGAAAUGGCUCCCUUGACCUCUUUUCCUUCAUGCCUCUGGAUAUUAUGUUCUUUUUGCAGUUCCUCAAAUGUUUGCACAUUUUUUUGGAAAGAUUUCUACUGGGAUGGGUUUUAAAUUAUAAAUAUCGCUGCCUUGUAAGCAGAUUUUUUAAAAUAAAUGUUGUUACCUCUGAUUAAGAUUAUUUUUUGUACAUUUUUUAAACAUUGUAAUUGGUGUUUUAAUAGAGGCAUAUUUUAGAAGAAUUCUUUUUUGAAAAAAAUAUUGAAUGAAAUAAUAUAUGUAAGAUUAGAUCACUGUGGCUGCUGUAACCUUUCUUUUUUUUCUAUGAGGAAAUUGCAAGAUUUUCAUCUUUUUACUGUACUGUUAAGUGGCAGACUCGUGUACAAUCUUAUUUUUGUAGCAGUUCAAAUCGGGGAAAUUAAUCAAAUUUGAUUUGAUUUUUGUGCGGACACUACAUUGAUCUGUCUUUAAAUAAAGAAAGACCUUUACACGUUUCAGAA